AUGUACUUGCUUGUUGCCAGAUUUGCCAAUGCGAGCAAGCCUGUUCUUGUGUACUCGGAUGAGACUGUGGCCUACACGUUUCGUGUUCUUUCCAAGGAGAAGACAGGAGUUGCAGUCAUCGACCGAAAAAAUCGGCGUUUGAUUGGAAUGAUUCAGUGCAGCGAUGUUUACCUGCUGUUGGACGAUAGCUCCUUGUUCAGCAACAGAAAGAUCAUGAGUGCUGAAGAAUUCGUCAAGCUGAAGAACAAGGAUCAAAAAUCCAGAACGGGGCAUUCAUCAGAAUCUGAGGUCCAGAGCGUCCCCAGCCUCAGAAGCAGAGUGCAACAAUCUGUUGUAACGAACCGGUGGUCCGACACCCUGAAGCAAGCAAUGGAGAAUCUAGCAGCCUCAGGAAGCAGCUGCAGCUUCAUCGUGGACGAGCAGGGGCACGUGGAAGGAGUCGUGACGCCAAGAGAUGUCAUCUCCGUCUUCUCCCCGCCAUGCAUGGACUCGAGGAUCGAUGGGGGCACCUUCUUCUCGGCCGCGCUUGAGCAGGCCGGCUGCCGCGUUGAGAAUGGACAGAUGAUUAGGAACACUUAG